AUGAGGUCGCUAUGGCGUAGUUCAGUUGGAUUACGUCGUUUGACAGGUUCUGUUCGAGCAUGGAUUACAAUUUAUUCCGGACUUCGACGUCGCAGUAUUACCUCUCAUGAGCUGGAUGGGAGAUACACAUAUGUGGGGGAUGUUACAUCUAAAUUAUUAGUCAUUUAUGAGAGGAAAGAAAUUCCUGAUUUGGUUCGCCCUCUGCGAACUGUACCAAGAUCCUCCCUCCUCCAAGAAGCGAAGAGUCCUGAGUACCAAAAUUAUUUCACAAAUGAGUUUCAACGAGGUUGGUGGGAUAGAGGAUAUUGGGCGUUGUCGCGAAUCCCGAUUCGCGAGACUCUAACCAUACCUCAAACAAACAAAUAA